CGGGUGCUGCGACUUGUUUCGGAGCUGAACGUUGCGGGGUCUGUGGUGUGGGAGCAUUGGUGGGCAGGGAGAAAGAAGUUUGGACUUCCCAGGCCGGCGCGUUCCGUGGGGCCUCGCAGCACCAGAAGGUUCAAGCCUGCCUCUCCAGUUUCCAGUAUGGCUUCUGCACCAAAUUCUAAAUAUAAUACACGCUCCUUGGAGAAUGAGUCUAUUAAGAGGACUUCCAGGGAUGCAGUCAAUCGAGAUCUCAGUGAGGCUGUUCCCCGACUUCCAGGAGAAACUCACAUUACUGACAAAGAAGUUAUUUACAUAUGUCCUUUCAAUGGCCCCAUUAAGGGAAGAGUUUACAUCACAAAUUAUCGUCUUUAUUUAAGAAGUUUGGAAAUGGAUUCUGCUCCAAUACUUGAUGUUCCUCUGGGAGUGAUCUCAAGAAUUGAAAAAAUGGGAGGCGCAACAAGUAGAGGAGAGAAUUCCUAUGGUCUAGAUAUUACUUGUAAAGACAUGAGAAACCUGAGGUUUGCACUGAAACAAGAAGGCCACAGCAGAAGAGAUAUGUUUGAGAUCCUCACAAGAUAUGCCUUUCCCCUGGCCCAUAGUCUGCCAAUAUUUGCAUUUUUAAAUGAAGAAAAGUUUAACAUGAAUGGAUGGAUGGUUUAUAAUCCAGUUGAAGAAUACAGAAGGCAGGGCUUACCCAAUCACCACUGGAGAAUCACUUUUAUUAAUAAGUGCUAUGAACUGUGUGACACUUACCCUGCUCUCUUGGUAGUUCCAUUUCGCACCACAGAUGAAGAUCUCAAGAGAGUUGCAACUUUCAGAUCCCGAAAUCGAAUUCCAGUACUGUCAUGGAUUCAUCCCGAAAACAAGACAGUCAUUGUGCGUUGCAGUCAGCCUCUUGUUGGCAUGAGUGGUAAACGAAAUAAAGAUGAUGAAAAAUAUCUUGAUGUCAUCAGGGAGACUAAUAGACAAAUUUCUAAACUCACAAUUUAUGAUGCAAGACCCAAUGUAAAUGCAGUGGCGAACAAGGCAACAGGAGGAGGAUAUGAAAGUGAUGAUGCAUAUCAUAACACCGAACUUUUCUUCUUAGACAUUCAUAACAUUCAUGUUAUGCGGGAAUCUUUAAAAAAAGUCAAAGACAUUGUUUAUCCUAAUGUAGAAGAAUCUCACUGGUUGUCCAGUUUGGAGUCGACUCAUUGGUUAGAACAUAUCAAGCUUGUUUUGACAGGGGCCAUUCAAGUAGCUGACAAAGUUUCUUCAGGGAAGAGCUCUGUGCUUGUGCACUGCAGUGAUGGAUGGGACAGGACUGCCCAGCUGACAUCCCUGGCCAUGCUGAUGUUAGACAGUUUCUAUCGGAGCAUUGAAGGUUUUGAAAUAUUGGUACAAAAGGAAUGGAUAAGUUUUGGACAUAAAUUUGCAUCUAGAAUAGGUCAUGGUGAUAAAAACCACGCAGAUGCUGACCGAUCUCCUAUUUUUCUCCAGUUUAUUGAUUGUGUAUGGCAAAUGUCAAAACAGUUCCCUACAGCUUUUGAAUUCAAUGAACGAUUUUUGAUAACAAUUUUGGAUCAUCUGUAUAGUUGUCGGUUUGGUACUUUCUUAUACAACUGUGAAUCCGCUCGAGAAAGACAGAAAGUUACAGAAAGAACAGUUUCUUUGUGGUCGCUGAUAAACAGUAAUAAAGACACGUUCAGAAACCCUUUCUAUACUAAAGAAAUCAAUCGAGUUUUAUAUCCAGUUGCCAGUAUGCGUCACUUGGAACUUUGGGUGAAUUACUACAUUAGAUGGAACCCCAGAAUCAAACAACAGCAGCCAAAUCCAGUGGAGCAGCGUUACAUGGAGCUCUUGGCAUUGCGUGAUGAAUACAUAAAGAGGCUAGAGGAGUUGCAGCUUACCAACUCUGCCAAGCUUUCUGAUCCCUCGACUUCACCUUCAAGCCCUUCGCAAAUGCUGCCCCAUGUGCAAACUCACUUCUGAGAGGGAGCCUUGCCCAGUGCUGUGUUCAAACUCUGAAUAAAGGAAAGAGUUGACUUUCA